UCCUACACUGCGCGCUAAAGUUGUCCACUUCAGCUACUCCCAACCCCUAAGCAGACUUUGUCAUCUAAAACUAUCAGACCUUUUAAGAAAACACUGCAAAGAAUUAAGUAACCUUUGUUCAGUGGAGAGCGUUUGGAGUACCCCCUCCCUGGCGCGCGCUGCAUCUUGUUCCAGCAGUAGUUAUUUUGCUCGUGCCCCCCUCCGCACGAGACUACAGAAGUGUUUAUCUUUGUUUGAUUUUUUUAGAGGUUUUAUAUCUCCGCCAUAGUCUUAUUGGAUAUUUUUUGCAUUUUUGAAAAAAAGAGGACUUAACGCAUUUUUAGUCAUCAGGGACACAUCAACAAGUCUGGACUUUCUCUGUUUAAACAUCAGCCUUUUUGUAUAAAAAGCCGAAUGUCAUCUAUACCAGGAACAGUACCGAGAAUGAUGCGACCGGCUCCUGGACAGAAUUAUCCCCGCACUGGAUUCCCACUAGAAGUUUCAACUCCUCUGGGUCAAGGUCGGGUGAAUCAGCUUGGUGGAGUAUUCAUCAAUGGUAGGCCUUUGCCAAAUCAUAUUCGACACAAAAUAGUUGAGAUGGCUCACCACGGCAUCCGUCCCUGUGUGAUCUCCCGACAACUUCGCGUUUCCCACGGUUGUGUGUCCAAAAUCCUCUGCCGGUAUCAAGAAACUGGCUCGAUCCGUCCAGGAGCAAUAGGAGGAAGUAAACCCAGACAAGUGGCAACACCUGACGUGGAAAAGCGAAUCGAAGAAUAUAAACGCGAAAAUCCCGGAAUGUUCAGCUGGGAGAUUCGGGACAAACUUUUGAAGGACGGUGUGUGUGACAGAAGUACAGUUCCCUCAGGUGAGGCCUCAUCUGUAAGUUCUAUUAGCCGGGUUCUGCGGGCGCGUUUCUGCAAGAAAGAUGACGAGGACGACUGCGACAAAAAAGAUGAAAGUGGGGAGAAAAAAACUAAGCACAGCAUUGACGGUAUACUCGGAGAUAAAGGUCGAAUUGACGAAGGCUCAGAUAUAGAGUCAGAACCAGACCUGCCGCUAAAGAGAAAGCAGAGACGAAGUCGGACGACCUUCACAGCCGAACAGCUGGAGGAGCUGGAAAAGGCCUUUGAGAGGACACACUAUCCGGACAUAUACACCAGAGAGGAACUGGCACAGAGGACCAAGCUCACCGAAGCCAGAGUGCAGGUUUGGUUCAGCAAUCGACGAGCCAGGUGGCGUAAACAAGCAGGAGCGAAUCAACUGGCAGCAUUUAACCACUUGUUACCAGGAGGAUUUCCACCAACAGGCAUGCCAACUCUACCAGCGUACCAGCUUCCAGAAUCCACCUAUCCAUCAGCAACAUUACCACAAGAUGGUAGCGGCACGCUGCAUCGGCCCCAGCCUCUGCCCCCCUCCACGAUGCAUCAGGGCGGGCUAACCAGCGACAGCAGCUCCGCCUACGGCCUCUCGUCUAAUCGCCACACUUUCUCCAGCUACACCGAUACCUUCAUGAGCCAAUCGGCAUCCAGUAAUCACAUGAAUCCUGUGAGCAAUGGCCUAUCUCCACAGGUGAUGAGCAUGCUUAGCAACCCCAGCGCCGUGGCCCCUCAACAACAGCAUGAGUUCUCCAUCUCACCCCUGCACGGCAGCCUGGAGGCUUCCAACCCCAUCUCUGCAAGCUGCAGCCAGCGUACGGAGUCCAUCAAGACCAUCGACAGCCUCCCCUCCUCCCAAUCCUACUGUCCCCCUACGUACAGCACCACCAGCUACAGCGUGGACCCCGUCACUGCGGGCUACCAAUACAGUCAAUAUGGCCAAACUGCAGUGGAUUAUCUGGCUAAAAACGUCAGCUUGUCCACACAGAGAAGGAUGAAGCUCGGGGAGCACUCGGCUGUGCUCGGACUACUACAGGUGGAGACGGGACAGGCGUAUUGAUGAAUCUGUACAUCCCCCAUUUAUUUCACCAGCAUCCCACCAUAUUAUCCGCAGUGCCCACGUGAGGCCUAUUUGACCAAGAAGAUCCCAGGCAGUCUUAAACUCACCUACAAUAUGGGUGCAUGAACACACAAGCCAUUCCACAAUAAAACGGACGCUAUUGUGCCGCAUCUUCUUUCACGCCCUGCUCUCUCUAAUUCUUUCACAACAAAGAGACUCUUUGAGGGCUUCACAACGCCAAGGGAAAGCCCAUCGGCAUCCAAUGAGCACACAUACAGAGUAGGCAACAGUUGUAGCCGCUUGCCCAUUCCAAACCCUUCGGACCAUGUUGUUUAUAGGACUUAAAAUGAUGGUAUUAUAUUUGUUAUUAUUAAUGUGGUUGUUCUUGUUGCAUUUACUAUUGUAAUUUCUCUUUGUUUACAUGUUUCACUUCUUUCACAUGUUUAGUUUCUAUUUUAACCACAAGGCCUUGCUUAGCAACAUUACACUUCUGAUGGAGACACGGAGACGUGCUGACAGCUUUGCAGACAAAGCUUAUAAUUUGUUAGUCUUAUUUUUAAACCUGACAUUCCAAUAGACUUGCUGGCUAUUGAGGCAGCUGGGUUGGUAAAUACUUGUAAAACCAAGAUACAACCUGUGACCUGCCCUCUGUGGGUGAAUUAUCAGUGUUAUUUAUGAUUUUUAACCAUUCACUUUCCUGAAAUAUGAUGACCAUCAUUCACAUUUUGGUAUUUUGCGAUGGAAAAUGUAAUGCACACUAGUUGGUUACUAUAAUUGCCAUUAAUAUCUCUAAUAAAAUUCAAAUAUAAAGAGCGCACUUAUGGGCAAAUUACAUUUUUUAGGCUUUUUUGGAGCUUCCCGCGAUGCUUCUGUGCUAUUCAUGGCAAUUGUAGUCAUAGUGUAGCAUUGAGAAAUGUAUACAAACCUCUUAACAUUCAAAUAUCAGCAAUAUAUCUCAAAACACAUUUCAGAACUACACAUUGGUGGCACUUUUCGUUGGUUAGGAAUUUAUUUUUACACAGAAAUGAAGUGAAUUUAAACUACGAGAUUCAGAUGUUUAAGGACCAACCCUUGGUAGAGACUAUGGUAUAAUGGGACUCAUUUAGUCUUUUUGCCAUUGAUACAUUUUACAUUUACGCACUUGGCAGACCUAACUUACGAGUACAGUGUACUACAAGGUAUACUCUUUCAGCAUGUGUGUGUUCCCUGGGUUCGAACCAUAGACCGUAAAAAAAGACGGAUGUAGUAUCCCCAUAGGUUUCUGAUCGUUUUUGAAGCUUAAAGUAGUCGUUGCCUGCCAUCGCCAUCUUGGCCGCGCAUCACUCGCGGAUAUUCGAAAGUGGAUAAAAGGCGGGACUUGGGUGAAGCUGAAGUGACUGGUUGCUGAAACCACACCCACCUAGAUCGACUCUAGUGAUAGCAGAGUCACUCAACUGGCCACGCCCUUAAUUAUGCAGAACUUUAAGACUUAAUACCAUUUAAACGGAUGAGCUACAAAAAAAUGCACCCCCCUCACAUUUGUCAUGAAGGGCAAAAUUAGCUAUACAGACCAAAAACUAUUGUUGUGACAGGGUGUAAACACAUUAUUUUCUACUAUAAAGUUUGCCAUUUUAACAUGGAAGUCUAUGGGAAUUGACUCCCUUUUGGAGCCUGCCUCUAGCGGCCAGUCAAUGAAUUGCAGUUUAAAUCAGUUCCGUAUUGGCUUCUUCAGAAAGAUUUGAAGGUUGCCCCUCGGUUCGAAUCCAUGACCAUUAGCACUGCUAACGCAAUGCUUUAGCAUACAGGAGCACAGUUUAGUCCCCCCUUUAAAAGUGUGAUGUUCUCUAAUGAUGUUUGGAGGAAAAGAAGUAACAAAGUUUUUUGUGGCACCCUUUACAAAUGUGUGCCAGACCAUAAAAUGUAUAGUUAUUCCAAAAUAUGAACAUACAGUAUGGAGGUGAAUAUAUAGUGACCACAUUUAUUUAAAGUUUGCCACUCUGACUUUUAAUUCCACAUGUAGGAUAAUAAUUUCUGUGACCAAAAUGAACUAAAAUGAAACUGUGAUUGUACAGACUGAUCCAGCAACAUAGGUUUGCAAUGAGAUAACUCUGAAACAUAUCCAUUUUGAAACGUACAACAUUUUGUAGUAAAUAAAAAAGACAAAAAAGAAAUGUGAGAAAAUUAAGUUUUUAGUGUGUAGCACUCAUUUCUAAUACAAGCAUUGAUCUACCUUUGGGAUAUUUAAAGAUAUUUAAAUCUGAUUGGGUAACGAAACCUUUUCCAAAUAUCCUUCCAACCUCAGUUGCUCUUUAUUCUGUCAUUGUUUUUGCAUAUGUAAUUUCCUUUGAUAUAUUUCUGUUCAGCAUGUGUGUAUAUUAUCAUGGCAUAAUUUAUUCAGCUUUAUGAAAUACUAGCGUAGUUGGAACUUGUAUUGGCAUUUACUACCUUCAGCCUGUUGGUGUCUUUACUCUAGCACUGGCAUAUCUGUUAUGGAUUAAAGCUCAAAAACUGGAUAAAUAAACA